AUGCUCUGGGCACUCUGGCCAGGAUGGUUGGCAGGCAGGGGGCUGCCCCUCCUGGGGGCGGUGCUACUGCAGAAGAGAGAGAAGAGGGGACCUCCGUGGAGGCGCUGGCGGUGGGAAACACACCCAUACUAUGACCUCCAGGUGAAGGUGCUGAGGGCCAGGAAUAUCCAGGGCACAGACCUGCUUUCCAAAGCCGACUGCUACGUGCAAUUGUGGCUGCCCACAGCAUCUCCCAGCCCUGCCCAGACAAAGAUGGUGGCCAACUGCAAUGACCCUGAGUGGAACGAGAUCUUCCAGUACCAGAUCCAUGGUGCUGUGAAGAAUGUCCUGGAGCUCACCCUCUAUGACAAGGAUGUUCUGGGCAGUGACCCACUCUCCUUGCUUCUGUUUGACCUGAGGAGCCUCAAGCUUGGCCAACCCCAUAGGCACACCUUCCUACUCAACAAGCAGGAUUCACAAGAGCUGCAAGUGGAAUUUGUUCUGGAGGAGAGCCAGGUACCUGCCUCUGAAAUCAUCACCAAUGGAGUCCUGGUAGCUCAGCCUUGUCUGAGAAUCCAGGGUACCCUCGGGAGACAUGAGACAGCCCCACAUCGAGAGUACGGCCAUCGACAGAUCCAGCUAGCAGUGCCUGGAGCCUAUGAGAAGCCACAGCUCUUGCCCCUGCAGCCUCCUGUGGAGCUGGGUUUCCCGCCCACCUUUACCUUCCACGUGAACCCAGUGCUAAGCUCCAAGCUGGAUGUGGAGCUGAGAGAGAAACUCAUGGUCUUGCAGAGCGGCCCAAGUGUUGAACUGGAGACCCAGACCAGCAAACUGGGAGAGGGAGGCAUCCUGCUCUCCUCUUUGCCCCUAGGCCAGGAGGAACAGUGCUUUGUGACCUUGGGGGAGGAUCAGGAGGUGGCUCUGAAUGUGAAGGCAGAAAUGAGCUCUGGAGACCUUGACCUGCGCCUUGGCUUUGACCUCUGUGACGGAGAGCAGGAGUUUCUAGACAAGAGGAAACAGAUUGUGUCCAAGGGCCUGCAGAAAGUGCUGGGAUUGAGUGAGGCUCCAGACAGUGACCAGGUACCUGUGGUGGCUGUGCUGGGUUCUGGGGGUGGAACCCGAGCCAUGUCUUCCCUGUACGGCAGCUUGGCAGGACUGCAGGAGCUGGGCCUCCUGGACACUGUGACCUACCUGGGUGGUGUCUCUGGGUCCACCUGGUGCAUUUCCACACUCUACAGCAACCCAGCCUGGUCCCAGGUGGCCUUGCAGGGCCCCAUUGAGCGUGCCCAAGCCCGAGCCUGCAGCAGCAAGAUGGGGGCAGUGUCCACAGAACGGCUACAAUACUACGCCCAGGAACUGGGGGCCCGGGAAAGAAGCGGCCACAGAGUUUCCCUCAUAGACCUGUGGGGCCUCCUUGUGGAGUACUUCCUGUACCAGGAGGAGAACCCAGCCAAGCUGUCUGACCAACAGGAGGCAGUCAGCCAGGGUCAGAACCCUUACCCCAUUUAUGCCAGUGUUAAUGUCCGCACCAACAUCAGUGGGGAAGAUUUUGCAGAGUGGUGUGAGUUCACCCCCUAUGAGGUCGGCUUCCCCAAGUACGGGGCUUAUGUCCCCACCGAGCUCUUUGGCUCUGAGUUCUUCCUGGGGAGGCUGAGGCAGCUUCGUCCUGAGCCCCGGAUCUGCUACCUGCAGGGUGUGUGGGGCAGUGCUUUUGCGGCCAGCCUGGAUGAGAUAUUCCUGAAGACUGCUGGCUCGGGCCUCAGUUUCCUGGACUCAUACAGGGGCAGUGUAAACAUCACUGAUGACUGCCAGAAGCUCCGGCUGCACGACCCCUCGAGACUGUGUACGAGACUCUUCACCCCCCAGGGGCCCUUCUCCCAGGCUGUCCUGGACAUAUUUACCUCCCGCUUUACCUCCGCGGAGAACUUUAACUUCAUCCAGGGCCUCUGUCUGCACAAGGACUACAUGGCUGGCAGGGAGUUUGUGGCUUGGAAAGACUCACACCCGGACGCCUUCCCCAACCAGCUCACUCCCAUGGGCGACUGCCUAUACCUUGUGGAUGGAGGGUUUGCCAUCAACUCUCCAUUCCCACUAACUCUGCUGCCUCAGAGAGCUGUGGACCUCAUCCUGUCCUUUGACUACUCCUUGGAAGCUCCUUUUGAGAUCUUACAAAUGACAGAGAAGUACUGCCUGGACCGGGGAAUCCCCUUCCCUAAGAUUGAGGUGCCCCUGGAGGACCUGGAGGAACCUCGUGAGUGCUAUUUGUUUACUGAGGCUGAGGAUCCCCGCUCACCCAUCGUGCUGCACUUCCCCCUUGUCAAUCAUAGCUUUCGCACAUACCUGGCCCCAGGUGUGGAGCGGCAAACAGCUGAGGAGAAGGCUUUUGGGGACUUUGUCAUCAAUGGGCCAGACACCCCUUAUGGCAUGACAAACUUCACCUAUGAGCCAGAGGAGUUUGCUCGGCUGGUGGCCCUGAGUCGAUACAACGUCGUGAAUAAUGCAGAGAUCGUGAGGCAGGCCCUCCAGCUGGCUCUGGACCGGCGGCAGCAGGCUGGGGAGAAGCCUGGGAGCUGA